AUGGCAGGCCUUCAGCCUCUGUCAUACACCCAAAUACCAUCAAAUCAUAUACGUCUUCUUCGUCUUAAUACAGACAUCACAAACCCAAGCGUAGGGACACUUGAGGUGGUUGAUCUUGAUCAAGCACCCCCCUUUUACGCUCUCAGCCACUCCUGGGGUACCCAAGUCCAGAGCGUUGCCGUCCAGGUGGAAGGGAAUCUACUGUAUCUAACACCAGGCCUUUCAGCUGGCCUCCGGAUGUUUAAAGGACUAGCAAUCGAAGAAUAUAGCCUGAGCCCUCCACUGAGGUAUAUCUGGAUUGACAGCAUCUGCGUGAAUCAAGAAAGCUUGGCAGAUCGUUCUUCACAGGUAGCUCUGAUGAGAAGGAUUUAUUCAACUUCGAUAACAACGUUAGUCUGGCUGGGCACUGAACUGGCCUGGGGACCGUCUGCAUGGAAGUUGGUUGAGCAGAUUUACGACGUCUUCCAUUCUAGGCAUCCCGCCUCUCAGACAGAGGCUGACAUUCCCGUAAGGAUCUGCUCGGAUUCAUCUCACGCUGAGACGGGGUUACCACAAUGGGAUCAUGAGAGUUGGGGCCACCUGAAACAGUUGAUGGAUAUUGAGUGGUUCUCCAGAAUCUGGGUUGUCCAAGAAGUAGUCCUGUCUCCGAGAGAUCCCAUCAUCAUCUGUGGAAAUCGCCUGUAUCCAUGGCAUCACCUUCAUUGGACAAGUGCUUGGAUGCGCCGGGCCGGAUAUAUGAGGCUGCCACAAAUUCCGGAGAGGCUACUAAACGUGAACAUCAUGGGAAAUCUUCGGAAUAGUCUGACCAAAUGGCCGUUGGACGCUUUGAUGUCAUUUACGCAGACAAAAUUCCAUGCGACGGAUCAGAGAGACAAGAUAUUUGGUCUACUCGGUAUGGCAGCAGAGUGUCAGGACGGUUCAUUGAUGCCGGAGGCCUUGCGCCCAGACUACAGCGUUGACACGGCGCAAACUUACCUGAAAGUAGCCCGCUUCUUACUGCAGAACGGAAGUUCGCUUGCCAUCUUGACUCGCGCGCGUGGUGCAGUGGGCAGCCCGAUGAGGAGACAACGAGUAUACGACCUGGCAGGUUUGCCGUCCUGGGCCCCGGACUGGAGUGACUUUCGGGUCUUCAACAAAGGGAUCCGAGCAAGUCUGGCGCGUGUUCACUUCUCAGAUCCAGAAAAGGCCCCCAAUCUGGGAUUUCCAGACAAUUUCAAUGCCUCUGCUGGGCUUGGGAUAAAGCUUUACAAAAGUGACGAUAAUUCCGUGCUCCGAGUAGGUGGAGAGAAACUGGCAACAGUAACUAAAGUUUACUCCUUUGACGAGAAUGAAGUUUCAAAAGAUGAGUUUGAGCUUGUUCUUGAGUCUAAGAUUCGGAAUGCCUGGAACACAUUCGUCUCAAGUCUCACAUCAGAUACAGCAGACAUGGUGACCUGUGUAACGCGUUUUAUCAGAACGACAACUGCAGAGCGACAUGGGCUUGUUGAACGAUCGUGGGAUCAAAGUUUGAAGGACGGUAUGGCAUAUCUACUUAGCCUGCUAGAGACCAGUGACGAUCGAAUAGCGCUUUCGUUCUUCAACGGCGACAAAAGGAAAUCAAUAGAGCUAUUGAGGCAGCUAUCAGUCGGCGGACAAUCCGAGGAGUACGCCUUUUUGGCCUGCACCUAUUGCUUCAACAGGUCUUUCUUAGUAGCCUCGAUAGGAAACAUUGGCAUCGGCCCAUCCGAUACACAGGUGGGCGAUUGCAUCUCGGUCAUUCUUGGGGGUGAUGUGCCGUAUGUUAUCAGAGAAGAUUGGACAUGGUGGUCACUUGUUGGUGAAAUGUAUCUUGAUGGAUAUAUGAAUGGUGAAGCGGUGCGAGCGAUUGAGGACGGCCAUAUGCAGGAAGAGAUACUGGAAAUCAAGUAG